GGACAUGAGGAGAAGACAAAGACUGUGGUUUCUGCUCUGGGUAAGACUCUCACACGUCCUGCUCACAGUGUGUGCGUGUGCUUCGUUGAUCCGACGAGCUGCUGGCACGACCUGGACAACAGCGAGUACGACUGCUGGCCGCUGGACAAACCCAACGAGUUCAACAUGAUCGACUGCGGAGGUCUGGAGAUGGCCUGGGUGGUCCGUCCUCCGGAGACGGUGAAGAGCGGUAAGGUGUUCAGUGUCACGUACUCGGUAACGGCCAGGGACUCUUUCUACCACUGGGCCGUCAAAAAACAAAUAUUUCCAAACAGUUCUGUAGUAGACGCCGAAACAGCUCGCAGGUUCUGUGAACAUCUGGACUGUCCGCUCAACUGGAACGACGCCAACGGAGAAAACUGCUGCAUUCAUCACGCUAACAUCCACUCCUGUCCGAUGGGUCACAUGACAGAAAGCAUCUGUGGUCCCUGGAUACCCGACGACGGGACGAUCUUCACACACACCAUCUCGACCUCCGGCAAGAUGACUCAGACCAACUGGACCGCCAAGGUGGUUCUCUUCCACGCUGGCCUGACCUCGCUCAUCGCUCACAUACGAGUCGGCCUCAUGCAGGUCGCUCUCGAAGCAAAGAGCAACGUGCAGCCUGCUGUAGUGUGCGGGGACGGCGUCUGCGAGGAGGCGGAGUUUUGUUCCACCUGUCCGGCUGACUGCGGCGAAUGCCCGAUGACGGCGGCCACCAAGCUGGCCAUCGGCCUGCCGCUCAGCCUGCUCUGCCUCUGCUUCCUCCUGACCGCUGUGUGGCUCAGGUACCAGAAACAGAAGCUCCUGUGGGACGAGAGCUGGAUCAUCGACUUCGCCAAGAUAAAACCAGACCAGGACGCCCACAUGACGAUGGGCAGUAUGAUGAGCGUACCGGUGGGGAACAGCGACAGUAACACCAGCUGUGUGACGGCUCUCAGCUCCUACACGGGACAACCGGGGAGCCGAAAAACACCCUUCACCUGCACGGGGAUACAUGACGGCAGGACGGUGGCCAUCAAGAGGAUCCAAACUAAAACUUUCUCUCUGUCCAAAACCAUCAGACAGGAAGUCAAACAAGUCAGGGAGCUCGAUCACCCAAACUUGUGUAAGUUUAUCGGUGGCUGCGUGGAGGUGCCGGACGUUGCCAUAGUAACGGAGUACUGCCCCAAAGGAAGCCUUAACGAUGUCCUCCUUAACGAGGAGAUCCCGCUGAACUGGGGCUUCAGGUUUUCCUUCGCCACAGACAUCGCCCGCGGGGUUUCGUACCUCCACCAACACAAGAUCUGUCACGGCCGACUCAAGUCUCUGAACUGCGUCUUAGACGACCGCUGGGUCUGCAAAAUCACAGAUUACGGCCUGAGGACGUAUCGCCGUGACGACGGGGCGGAGCCUCUCUCCACCUAUCAGCAGAGGCUCCAGGAGGUGUACAUGCCGCCCGAGUUUCAGAACUCCAACAUGGAGCCGACGCUGGCGGGAGACGUCUUCAG